CCAACCGCAACCCGGACACCACAAGCAACCAUGAAGUACGUGCUCGUGUCGGGCGGCGUCAUCAGCGGCGUGGGGAAGGUAAUCAUAGCCUCCUCGACGGGUCUGUUGCUCAAGACCAUUGGGCUGAAGGUCUCAUCGAUCAAGGUCGACCCGUACCUCAAUGUCGACGCGGGGACUAUGAACCCGAAGGAGCAUGGCGAAGUCUUCGUUCUCUCCGACGGCGGCGAAGUCGACCUCGAUCUCGGCAACUACGAGCGCUACCUGAACAUCACCCUCACCCGCGACAACAAUAUCACGACCGGCAAGAUAUACCAGCACGUCAUCCAGCGCGAGCGCCGCGGCGACUAUCUGGGCAAGACGGUGCAGGUCGUGCCGCACAUCACCGAUGCGAUCCAGGACUGGAUCGAGAAGGUCGCGCGGAUACCCGUGGAUGACACUGGCGAGGUGCCGGAUGUGUGCAUAAUCGAGCUUGGUGGCACCGUCGGCGAUAUCGAGAGUAUGCCCUUCAUUGAGGCUAUGACGCAGCUGCGCCGCCGAGCGGGCAAGAACAAUUUUCUGCAGGUCCACGUCUCGUACGUGCCAGUCAUCAAUGGGGAGCAGAAGACGAAGCCUACGCAGCAGGCCAUCAAGGCUGUGAGGAGCGCUGGUCUGGUUCCAGAUUUGAUCGCCUGCCGCUGCGAGCGUGCUCUCGAUCCAGCCGCGAUCGAGAAGAUUGCCCACUUUUGCCAGGUCGAUCUUGAGCAGGUUGUCAUGGUCAAGGACAUGCCAUCCAUCUACCAGGUCCCCAUGCUUCUCGAACAGCAAGGCCUGAUCCCUCUUGUCCGGAACAUACUUCAGCUGGACAGCCUAGCUCUUUCUCCCGCCUUGACAAAGAAGGGACGGAAGACAUGGGUGCAGUGGAAGUCCUUGACUGCCUCCCACAGCCGGUACCACGAGACAGUGUCUAUAGCGCUCGUAGGCAAGUACAUCGAGCUCCACGACUCCUACCUCUCUGUUAUCAAAUCCCUGGAGCAUUCCUCCAUGCGUUGCGGCCGGCAAUUGGAACUCCGUUGGGUGGACUCAGAGCACCUAGAACAGCAGACACGAGUGAGUAAGCCCGCCGAAUUUCACAAAGCCUGGCAUGAGGUAUGCACCGCAGACGGCAUCCUCGUCCCCGGAGGCUUUGGCCAGCGCGGCACCGAGGGCAUGAUCCAAGCUGCGAAGUGGGCACGCGAGAACAAGGUCCCAUACCUGGGUAUCUGCCUCGGUAUGCAAAUCGCCGUCAUCGAAUACGCGCGCCACAUCUGCAACCUCGCAGCCGCCACCUCGGAAGAAUUCAACGGCGAAGCCGCCGAAAAACUCAUUAUGUUCAUGCCCGAAGUCGACAAGAAGACCAUGGGCGCCACCAUGCGUCUCGGCCUGCGCCCCACCUUCUUCCAGCCUGGCAGCGAGUGGUCGCGUCUGCGAGCCCUCUACGCUGGCAAAGACGAGAUCCUCGAGCGUCACCGCCACCGCUACGAAGUCAAUCCCGCGUACAUCGAGACGCUUGAACAAGGCGGGCUGAGCUUUGUGGGCAAGGACGACGCGGGUGUGCGCAUGGAGAUUGUCGAGAUCAAGGACCAUCCGUGGUUUGUCGGUGUGCAGUUCCAUCCCGAGUAUCUGUCCCGCGUGCUCGAUCCGAGCAGGCCUUAUUUGGGCUUCGUGGCUGCCAGCUCCGGUCUGUUGGAGGAGAUCACGAAGGAGUACCAGAACGGGAAUGGUGCGAUGGGCGCGGAAGGUAUUACGAAUGGUAUGAAUGGGCUGAGGAUGAAUGGCGAGACGGGACUCUUCUAAGCCCUGCUCCCCCGUGUGGUCGUGUGUUUAGUCCGUAGAGGGAGGGGACAACAAAGUUAGUGGAAGGGGAAUUGUGGUGGGGAAAAGGGUAUUAUGUGAGCAGAUGUGGUUGAGCUGACGCGGAUUUGUCUCAGUUUCUUGGAGUCACGGCGGCGCUUUGACGGACGCGUUAUUGGUACGGUCACAUACUAGAAAAGCCUCUUUGCUGGCACUGAAGAGGCAUGCUGUUAUUCUUAAAGCCCCAAAUGAGAGCUCGAUAGAAUAUCAAAUAUACACAGGCUCUCUC